UGUAGUGAAGGUAAAGCAGGUAAAGGAGAAGAUGAAUCAGAGGAUGAGUUCAUGUGGAGGGGAGGCGUUCUUCCUGAGAAGCUCUACAGCAGUUUCUCUGAAUGAGCGCUUCUCUCAGGUGAUCAGUGAACAGCUGGACCAGCCCACCACCACAGUGACCUUUGACCCCACCCUGCUGCAGCGCAGCACGGGUGGUGACGCCCAGCAGAUGGUCCUGCUGAUGAAGAGAGAGCAGCCAGCAGCUCUGCACCUGCAGACUCAGGUUUCGUGCGUUCCUCCUCUGAGGGUGAAGCAGGUCGUGAGGAGGAAGGGGAGCGUCUGGACCCGCCUCGGCUGGCAGCGGGGGACUCGGGUCGUCUCCGCCUUCAGACCGUCAGGGUUCUGGAGCUUCAGGAACAAAUACAGACGGAGCGCCGGCUUCACCUCCACCUGCAGGAGUGGAGGAAACCAACGCCAUCAACAGGGGGAGGGACGCUUCAAGAGACACGCCCAGAAACUGUCUGCAGGUCCAACUCAGCCCGCUGCAAACCCGCAGAGGGGCGGAGCCUCCUGGAACAGACGAGGCGUCACGCCAACCAGGAAGCAGCUGGACGCCGACCUGGACAAGUACAUGUCUCUCUCCAAGAGACGGCUGGACCAGCAGCUGGACGAGUACAUGUGUAUGGCAGGACAAACGGACCUCACCUGGGACUGAGGGGGCGGGGUCACAGACCUCACCUGGGACUGAGGGGGCGGGGUCACAGACCUCACCUGGGACUAAGGGGGCGGGGCAUGUGAUAGUUUGAUUUAAGGUUGUUAAGGUCAGUGAUGUCACAGAUCUCAGACCGGUCAGGUGAAGGACUCUGACUUUAGUUUGUUCUCAGGUGUGUUCACUUCACCUGCGUGUUUUCCUUUGUUGUCUCACUGCUCUGAUCAGCUGUGUGUACUUCACUGACCUCUGUGUGUGUAGGAUUUCUGUAAAUGAAGCUUUGUUUGAAGAUGUUUUAGUAAAAGAUGUUUCCUGAUUUA